AUGCAUCUGCGAGACUUGUGGAUGCUCUUUGUUGAUGCAUCUAUGUCAGUCAUCAAGCAAGAAUCUUCAAGUAUAGGCAAACAGUAUACUGCUCUAAAGCGGCUGAGGCAACAAGACUUAAUGUGGCCCAAAUUUGUGUAUGGGUCAGGAGCAGUAAAUGACUCAAUCAGUUAUGACUCUGAGUCAGAAACAGAAGACAAAAUUUCGGAGUACGAAUCUCCACCAGAAUAUCCCUUCUAG